AUUACAGCCCAGCCUCGGAGAGAGCCCGGCGCUAGGAGAGGGGAGGGAGCUACUGCACUCACACUGUCCCUGCUGGGCUCCUGCUGAGUGGGUGCCCCCUGCUGCUGCCGCGUCUCAGGUGAGAAGGACUCUGCAGAAGUCACAGCUGGGCUGCAGCGUGCACACCUGGGCGCAGGACAGCGACUAUGUGGACGCACCCGGUGCUGCUGCUGGUGCCGGGGACAUGGCUGCUACUGCUGGCCGGGGAGACGGACGCACAGAGAGGGGCUGUGGACGGGUCCCCCUUGUCCUAUGGACCUUUGGAAGAGGAGAUCCUGGUGGCCAGCAACGGGAUCCGCGUUCCCUUCGGGAGAUCUGUCUACCUGGACCCCGUCCUGGACCUGGUGAUCCAAGUGCAGCCGGGGGACAAGUGUCACAUUAGCGUGCUCAGCAACGACCCCCUGUCCCAGGGGCCCGGGCACAUUUCCCCAAACCGGUUCCCCUGCGAGUUCGGUGCUCGGGAGGUGAAAUAUUCCCACAUGGGCGCACGCAGCCCUUCCAAGGACAGGGUGAAGCUCCUGCUGCGCUAUGAUACCCAGACCCGCACGCUGAUCAUACCAUUCAUGGUGGAGGUGGAGGUGCUCUUCACCCAGCUGGAGGUGGUGACCAGGAACAUGCCACUGACUGUGGAAAAGCUGCUGGGCACCAGUAACCCCAUAGACAAGAAGACUCUGGAAUUUACCUAUGAUAGGACAUUUGAAGUGUGCAGGAUCAUGCCCCUGGUGGGUUUGGCAGGAUUGCCCAGGUAUGGAAGUUUGCUAUACAACAGUGGGCAAAUGAUGGACUGUGGGGAGUUUUUGAAGCAGGGUGUCCGCUACCAGCAUACUUCCUCCACCCAGUCACCCAACAAAGACUUCAUACCCAUGUUGGUGGAGCUGCAGGAUAAAGUAGGGAAUGUACUCAAGCAGGAGCAUUUCCAAAUCCUAGUCAGGAUCAAGGAAGGUCUGGAAAACACUCAGCCAAAGCCAAGCUUCAUAGCCAUGAUGAUGAUGGAGGUGGAUCAGUUUGUAAUGACAGCUAUCACCCCUGACAUGCUAGCCGCAGAGGACUUAGAAUCUGACCCAGGGGACCUUAUAUUUAAUAUAACUUCUUCCUUUGGUUCAGGACAGGGGCAGAUCGUCAGUACAGAUGACCGCAACUUGCCCAUUACCUCCUUUUAUCAGCGGGAUCUGCAGGAACUCAGGAUAGCUUACAAACCUCCUCCUGAAGACUCUGACACAGAGCGCUUAUUUGAGGUGGAGCUGGAGGUGGUGGACACUGAAGGAGCUGUGUCUGAUCCCUUUUCCUUCAUGAUUGUUGUUAAACCCAUGAAUACCCUGGCACCCGUGGUUACCAAGAACACAGGGCAUCUUCUAUAUGAAGGACAAUCACGUCCUCUUUCAAGUGCUCACAAUCUACAGAUCAGCGAUGAGGACAAUCUUGGUGAGGUUAAAGUGACCGUCCUGGAUGGGUUAAGGCAUGGUCAGUUGUUCCUGCUGGGUUCUGAGGGUUCCAAGGUUUUUACAGCCACUGACCUGGACCAGGGCAGAGUCAUCUAUCAACAUGAUGGUAGUGACACUUACAGUGACAACAUCAUAUUCAGGAUGACAGAUGGACGACACGAAGUGGAGUUCCUUUUUCCAAUCACUGUGGUGCCAACUGAUGAUGAGCCACCCAUAGUUAAUGCCAAUACUGGUUUAAUGAUUUCGGAGAAAGAGGUGUCCCUAGUGACUCCAAUUGUGUUGAGCGCAACAGAUAUUGACUCUGAAGACUCCACUAUACGUUUCUUUAUGGAGUUACCUUACUCAACAUUGGGACAGAUGGUUUUGCGCCAGUCUGAGAUACCGCAAGAUCCUUCUGAAUGGCAGUUAAUCCCUGAACUAAACCUCUACGAAAAGGUGGUAAAGGAGUGGACUCAGCAGGACAUAUUGGAUGGGAAAUUAUUUUACAAGCACAUUGGGCCACAUAGCACUACUGCAGUCAUGGAUCAAAUUGUUUUUAGAGUCCAGGAUGAUAAUGACCCUCCAAAUCAGUCUGGAGAACACACAUUUGUAGUCAAAAUAAACCCAAUUGAUGACUUACCUCCAGAGUUGUACACAGGCACCACACUCAAGAUGGUGGUGCAGGAGUAUCAUUUGACCUACUUUAGGAGGAAAUAUUUACGAUAUACUGACCUGGAUUCUGAUGAUAGGGAUCUCAAAUACACAGUGAUCAUUCCUCCAUCUGAUACAGAUGAGAACAACCCUGUUCUUAUGGGAUUCAUAGUCCUUUCUGAAAAUCCAGACCAUGUUGUUACAGAGUUCACACAGGCCCAGAUAAAUCAUCAUAAAAUUUCCUACAAACCACCCGACCUAGAGCUUGGAAUAACCCCACGUGUGGUGCAGUUUCACUAUACUGUUGAGGAUAUGUCUGGGAAUGUAGCAGAAGGAGAUUUUACUAUUUUUCUGGAGCCUGUGGACAACAAGCCCCCUAGUAUUAUUAAUACAGGAUUUACUGUGUUUGAAAGAGGAAGUCAUAUUAUCACACCAGCGGAACUUGAUGCCACUGAUGCAGACACAGGCAGAGAUAAAAUCACUUUUACACUGACACAGUCUCCAAGGCAUGGCCAGGUGAUGUAUUCCAAUCAUGUGAUGGACGUUGGUGAGACAUUUGUUUUGGAUGACAUACGUAAAGGAAGACUAAGUUAUAUGCACAGUGGUGAGGAGUCUACUAGUGAUUCCUGCACUUUGGAUGUUAGCGAUGGGGUGCAUGUUCUUACAAUCAUCAUUAAGAUCACUGUGCGAUUGGUGGACGAUGAAGUGCCCAGAAUUAUGUUACCAGCUGGAACCAUUGGCUCCUACUUAGAUGUAUUGGAAGGCAGCUCUGCUGAAAUCACUUCAAAUGUUAUUCAAGGUACAGAUGCGGACACAGAUGACCUUAUGCUAACUUUCAUUGUAGAAGAUCCUCCACAUCUUGGAGAAAUUCUGGUAAAUGGUGUGCCCACGGAAAGAUUUUCUCAAAGGGACAUCAUUGAUGGUUCUGUUGUUUAUUCUCACACUUCUGGAGAAAUUGGCAUGCAGAAAAAGGAAGACUCAUUUAAUUUAACAUUAUCUGACCUUUCUGAGGAGUGGACUAUUGGAGGAAAUAGAGUUAAUGGAGUUAGGGUCCAAGUGACCAUUCUGCCCCUGGAUAACCAGCCACCAGUUGUUACUGUGGGUGACCAGUUCACAGUUGUUGAAGGUGAAAAGAAUGUAAUUACACCUCCCCACUUAAGAGCACAAGAUAGAGAUACACCAAACGAUGACAUCCUUUGCACUAUUGUUGUUCAGCCAACAGCUGGAUAUCUUGAGAACAUUUCUCCAGCACCAGGAUCUGAAAAAUCUAGAGCAGGAACAGCUAUUAGCGCAUUUACAUUGAAAGAUAUCAGACUGGGACAUAUGUAUUAUGUUCAAAGCAUCCACAAAGGUGUUGAGCCUACAGAAGAUAGACUGACUUUUCAUUGUUCUGAUGGCAUAAACUUUUCCCAGAAGCAUUUCUUCCCUGUUGUUAUCAUUCCAGCCAAUGAUGAAAAGCCAGAGAUUUUCAUGAGGGAGUUUGUGGUGAUGGAGGGAAUGAGUCUAGUCAUUGAUAUUCCUAUACUGAAUGGGGCAGAUGCAGACAUCCCAGCUGAUGAACUUGUAUUUUUUAUCACAAAGCCACCAAAACAUGGCCACAUAGUCAACCAGUUCACCAACGGUACUGUGAUUGUCAAUGACUUUAGCCUGGAAGACAUCAAAGAGAGCUCCACCAUUCUUUAUGAACACGAUGACUCUGAGACCAAAGAGGACAGUUUUGAGAUAAAACUUACUGAUGGAAAACAUUCAGUGGUGAAAAAUGUUCUUAUCAUGAUUAUACCUGUGGAUGAUGAAACCCCCAGGAUGACCAUUAAUGAUGGUCUUGAGAUUGAAAUUGGAGAAACAAAGCUGAUUUCAAAUAAAGUACUUAAAGCAACAGAUUUGGACUCUGAUGACAAGACUUUAACAUAUAUAAUACGCUAUGGACCUGGCCAAGGCCUGCUGCAAAGAAGAAACCUAUAUGGUGGUCUAGAAAACAUUACAUUAGGUAUGAACUUUACUCAGGAUGAGGUGGACAGAGAUCUCAUACAGUACAUGCACUUUGGUCAAGAGGGCAUACGUGAUCUUUUCAAAUUUGAUGUUACUGAUGGCAUUAAUCCCCUUAUUGAUAGAUAUUUUUAUGUAACUGUGGGGGGCAUUGACAUGGUCUUUCCAGAUGUCAUUUCCAAAGGAGUUUCUUUGAAAGAAGGGGGCAAGGUAACCCUUACCACUGACCUCCUUAGUACUAGUGAUCUAAACAGUCCAGAUGAACACUUGGUUUUCUCCAUCACAAGGGCCCCAAUACGUGGACAUUUGGAAUGCACUGACCUGCCAGGGGUGCCCAUUACAUCUUUCACCCAGCUGCAGUUAGCAGGUAAUAAAAUAUAUUACACACACACAUCAGAUGACGAAGUCAAGAUGGACAGCUUUGAAUUUGAGGUCACUGAUGGAUAUAACCCUGUUUUCCGUACAUUUAGGAUAUCCAUCAGUGAUGUGGAUAAUAAGAAGCCAGUGUUGACCGUCCUUGAUCUAGCAGUGAGAGAGAGUGAGAAUAAAUUGAUCACCCCCUUUGAACUUACGGUGGAAGACCGAGACACCCCUGACAGGCGCCUGAAAUUCAUCAUUACGCAGGUACCAGUUCAUGGGAAGAUCCUGCAUAACAAUAGUAAAGCUGUGACCUCCUUUACAAAGCAAGAUCUUAAUGACAACCUUAUUAGCUAUAAGCAUGAUGGCACAGAGUCCACAGAAGACAGCUUUUCAUUCACUGUGACGGAUGGCACCCACACUGACUUUUACGUGUUUCCUGACACUGUCUAUGAGACUCGACAGCCCCAGAUGAUGAAGAUACAAAUCAUUGCAGUAGACAAUGGCGUGCCACAGAUUGUGGUGAAUAAGGGGGCUCCAACUCUGCGCAUUCUGAGUACUGGUCAUUUAGGGUUCCUGAUCACCAACAAGGCCCUUAAAGCAGAGGACAGGGACAGUCUUCACCUCUCACUCCGUAUCCGGGUCACACAAGGUCCCAGUCAUGGAAUGCUCAUCAACUUGUACAAAGGCAACCACAGCAUCAAUCAAUUUACCCAAGCGGACGUUGAUGACAUGAAAAUCUGUUAUGUUUUGCGGGAGAAAGAAAACGCGACAAGUGAUCAUUUCUAUUUUACUGUUGAAGAUAGUGGUGGAAACAAGUUGAAGAACCAGCAUUUUCGCCUGAACUGGGCUUGGAUCUCCAUAGAGAAGGAGUAUUAUGUGGUGAAUGAAGACGCCAAACAUUUGGAGGUUAUCCUCAGACGUAGAGGAUACUUGGGGGAAACUUCUUUUGUCAGUAUCGGCACAGUGGACGGAACAGCAGAAAAGGACAAGGACUUUAGAGGGAAGGCGCAGAAACAAGUACAGUUUAAUCCUGGUCAGACUACAGCAAGUUGGAGAGUGCGGAUCCUGACUGAUGGAGAGUAUGAGCAGUCGGAAACCUUCCAGAUUGUUCUGUCAGAGCCUGUUAUGGCAGCACUGGAAUUUCCAGAAGUGGCAACGGUGGAGAUCAUUGACCCUGGCGAUGAGUCAACAGUGUUUAUACCUCAGUCGACCUAUAAAAUUGAAGAAGACAUUGGUGAGCUGUUUAUACCAGUAAGGAGAAGUGGAGAUGUGAAUCAGGAACUGAUGGUUGUAUGUUUCACACAUCAAGGUACAGCUACUGGAACCGUCCCAACAUCCGUCUUAUCUUACUCUGAUUACAUAUCCAGGCCCGAGGAGCACAACAGCGUUCUGAGGUUUGAUAAGGGCGAGAUAGAGAAAAUGUGCCGUGUGGUUAUAAUAGACGAUUCCUUGUAUGAGGAAGCCGAGACUUUCAAUGUCACAUUAAGCAUGCCUAUGGGCGGGCGGCUUGGCUCCGAAUUUCCCUCAACUCAGAUUGUGAUUCUGCCUGACAAAGAUGAUGAACCUGCUUUCUAUUUUGGAGAUGUGGAACUGUACGUGGAUGAAAGUGCAGGAUACAUUGAAGUACGUGUGUGGAGGACUGGUACUGAUCUAUCGAAGACUGCCACUGUCACAGUGCGGUCACAGAAGACAGAACCAGUGUCGGCAGUUGCUGGCAUUGACUAUGUAGGUAUCAGUCGGAAUCUUGAUUUUGCACCUGGCGUCAACAUGCAGACGUUCCGCGUGAUCAUCCUGGAUGACUUAGGACAGCCGGUGCUGGAGGGAAUAGAGAAGUUUGAAUUAGUGCUGCGUAUGCCAAUGAACGCCGUCCUUGGGGAACCCAGCAAAGCUACAAUAUUUAUUAAUGACACCGUCUCCGACUUGCCAAAGGUGCAGUUCCGAGAAUCUAUGUAUAUGGGCUUUGAAAAAGACGGGAAGAUCUCAGCCAUGGUGUACAGGAGUGGGGAUGUCAGUUACAAGUCUACAGUACGUUGUUAUACCAGGCAAGGGUCAGCGCAGGUUAUGAUGGAUUUUGAAGAAAGGCCAAACACGGAUAGUUCCAUCAUCACGUUCCUUAAAGGAGAGACAGAACGUCCUUGCACUGUGGUGCUCAUGGACGAUUCCAUCUACGAGGAAGAGGAGGAGCUACGACUAGUCCUUGGCACUCCGAGAAGUGACUCUCCCUUUGGAGCCUCCAUUGGAGAACUCAAUGAGACCUUAAUAAAAAUCAAAGAUGAUGCAGACAAGGCUAUAAUAAAGUUUGGUGACACCAAGUUUAGUGUGAGCGAGCCAAAGGAACCCGGACAUAUCGCUGUUGUAAAAAUUCCAGUUGUUCGUCUGGGAGACACUUCAAAGGUUUCCAUUGUGCGUGUGCACACAAAGGAUGGCUCUGCUACUUCUGGAGAAGAUUAUAACCCAGUGUCUGAAGAAAUUGAAUUUAAGGAGGGUGAAACCCAGCAUAUCGUGGAGAUUGAAGUACUUUAUGACGGAGCUAGAGAAAUGAGAGAAGCUUUUACUGUGCAUCUGAAACCUGAUGAAAACAUGGUAGCAGAAAUUCAGAUGACCAAAGCCAUCGUGUACAUCGAGGAAAUGAACAGCAUGGCGGAUGUAACAUUCCCAUCAGUUCCACAAGUUGUCUCUUUGUUCAUAUAUGAUGACACCUCAAGAGCUAAAGACAGCCCCAACCCUAUUGCUGGUUACCCUGUUGCCUGCAUUACAGCUUGUAACCCUAAAUAUUCUGAUUAUGACAAAACUGGCUCUAUAUGCACAAGUGAAAACAUUAAUGACACCCUGACCCGCUACCGCUGGCUGGUCAGCGCACCAAAGGGCCUGGAUGGAGUAACCAGUCCUAUGAGGGAGGUUGAUUUUGACACGUUCUUUACAUCUUCAAAAAUGAUUACUCUGGAUUCCAUAUACUUCCAUCCUGGCUCUCGGGUGCAGUGCGCAGCGCGGGCUGUGAAUACUGAUGGCCAUGAAGGGCUGGAACUUCUGAGUCCAAUUAUAACUAUAAGCAGAGAAGAAGGCCUUUGCCAACCUAGAGUGCCAGGUGUAGUGGGAGCGGAACCGUUCUCUGCUAAAAUGCGAUACACUGGACCAGAUGACCCGGACCAUGCAAACCUCAUUAAAGUCACUGUUACUCUGCCUCACAUUGAUGGCAUGUUACCAGUUGUAUCAACAAGAGAAAUGUCCAACUUUGAACUCACGCUCAGUCCUGACGGUACACGGGUGGGAAACCACAAAUGUUCAAAUCUUCUGGAUUACAGUGAAGUGAAAACUCAUUAUGGAUUUUUGACAAAUGCCACCAAGAAUCCCAAUGUAAUAGGGGAGACAUCUCCUUACCAGUACAGCACACAGCUCCGAGGCUCCAAUACAUUACGUUUCUACCGAAAUCUUAACCUGGAAGCCUGUUUGUGGGACUUCACCAGCUACUAUGACAUGUCCGAACUCCUGACGCAGUGUGGCGGAACAAUUGGCACAGAUGGACAGGUCUUGAAUCUUGUGCAGUCCUAUGUAACCCUGCGGGUGCCUCUGUAUGUGUCCUAUGUGUUUCACUCACCUGUGGGAGUUGGUGGAUGGCAGCACUUUGAUUUGCACUCUGAGCUUCGUCUGACAUUUGUGUACGACACUGCCAUCUUGUGGAAAGAUGGUAUUGGCAGUCCUCCCGAAGCAGAAUUACAAGGUUCUCUCUACCCAACAAGCAUGCGCAUUAAUGAAGAGGGUCGUUUGGUUGUCAACUUUAAAACAGAGGCUCGAUUCUAUGGACUCUUUGUCAUGUCCCAUCCUGGAACUUCACUGAGUUCAAUGAUCAUGUCAGCUGACCUCCCGGAGCUGACAUUUACCCUCAGCCUUGUGCGGAGUGAACCAAGUUAUAAUCAACCAAUUCAGCAGUGGAGUUUUGUCUCUGAAUUUGCGGUGCGGGACUACUCUGGAACUUACACGGUUAAACUCAUACCUUGCACUACCGCUCCCUACCAGGAAUACAGUUUCCCAACUGUCUGUAACCCUCGGGAGCCAAUUACCUUUGAUGUUGACAUCAGAUUCCAACAGGUCAGCGACCCAGUAGCUACAGAGUUUAGUCUGAAUACCCAGAUGCUACUUCUAUCUAAAAAAUCUCUGUGGUUGUCUGAUGGUUCAAUGGGAUUUGGACAAGAGAGCGACAUAGCUUUUACAGAAGGUGACACCAUCUAUGGUCGUGUCAUGGUGGACCCUGUACAGAACCUGGGUAAUUCUUUUUACUGUAGCAUUGAGAAAGUUUUCCUUUGCACUGGAGCAGAUGGGUAUGUCCCAAAAUAUAAUCCAUCAGGCUAUGAAUAUGGCUGCUUGGCUGAUUCAACAUCUCUCCUGUACCAAUUCAAAAUUUUGGACAAAGCACAGCCGGAAACUCAAGCUGAUAAAUUUGGCAGCAUCAUAUUCAAUGCCAAGCUGGCGGCAGAUGUUCCCGAGGCAUUACCUCUAGUCAGGCAGCCUGGAUCAGACGGAUUUAAAGUUGACUCCACUCCUUUGUUCCAGGUUUCUACUGGACGAGAGUGGUAUAUACACACAAUCUACACUGUGAGGUCUAAAGAAAAUGCCAACAGAGGUAUCGGAAAGAGAAGCAUUGAGUACCAUUCUCUAUCCAACACUGGUCCUUUAGGAGGUUCCCUCACCAUCCGUAAGAAGAGAGAUGUCAAUGAGGCCCCAACAAUAGCUCAGGAAAUUGGCAUCGAGAACAACAGGGGAACCAAUAUCCAACACAUCAUUUUGGAACGCAGCAACAAAAAGACAAUCCCCGAAAAGGAUAUUACUAUCGAUGGGAUAAUCCCAAGAGAGCUUAAUAACAAGGAAACAGAGUUCAACAUUGUCAUCAUCGUGGUAGUCAUUGCUGCCGUAUUAUUAUUAGUGGUCUGCUUGAUAGCUAUUAUUAUAUUCCUGCUGAGACGUAAGAUGAAGUCAAAAAAGAAGGAAGAAGGGAGAGAGUCGGGAAGCAGCGAGCCCAUGAUGCCUCCUCGCGGUUACAGUACAGACAGCUCAGAGGUUUGACGUUAUGGAUCUAUGAUCAAGCCGCAUAGAAGUGCCUCAAAAGUUAUACACUUUACAUUUUCAGCUAAUGUCUCUUUUCAGAACAUAUCUACAUACACUGUGCCCCAAUGGUCAGUCUACUCUUAAAUACCUCAUGUAUAUUUAAAGUGUUGGAAGGACCAUGAGAGGCACAAAAUGGGACCGGAACAUCAAAUCAUUGCAUUUGUAUUAAGGAACUCCUGACAACCUGAACUCAUGCACUAAACAUGAAGAGGCGCUGAACUAAAACUCUAAACGAGGGUCAUCCUCUUGUAUUUCUUUUAUAUUAUUUAAACAAAUUUAAAUAUGCAACGGUGCUGAUAGCUUGUCUCUUCCUUCUUAGAGAGGGCUCAUUCAAAUCUUAUCCAAUUAGCUUUGGAGGUUUAGUUAUCAUAUUAUACAUGUCAGUUUGCAAUUUUUGCCAAGAGCCUUGCUAUCAUCAUGAUGAAGAAUGUCAUGAAUAAUAUUCUUUUUCUUGUAUUUUGGAAUACGUAAACAAAUGACAUGGUCCAGUUACUGCAGUAAGGUGUUGACAAAUACUGACCUUUUCAAUAUUGUUCCUUUGUAAGCCAAAGAUACCUUUGUCAUUGUAUGGUGCUAGUCUAGGCGAAAAAAGGCGCAACCAGCGUGUUAUUUUAUUAUGUUUAUUAUAUGUUUGUGGUCAUUUUAAUACAGUACAAACCUCCUAAACUAAAAUGAUUGCUAGUGUGAGAAAUAAGACAAAGUGCGGCACAGUGGAGUAUAGUUGAAGACAAGAUUACUUUAUUGCACUCAGUAUUUUAGAACGCUGUAAUGAUAGACCUGCAUUUGUCCACUGGCUAUUAUGAAAUGAAUCCCAUUCUUGCAAUUGUCUUGUAGCCUAGACCUUAGCGCAUUGAUGAGGUGCAGGGUAUUUUGCAGGAAUAUCACCUUUCCAAAGAAGUAUCAUAUUGCAUUAUUACAUGAGAUCACCAGCAUCAGUGGCAUACAGUAUGUCAACUUUGGGGUUUGACAAGACAUAGCAACUUGGUCCCUGAUUAACCUGCUACACGGAGAUAAUGAAACUGAUGUGGCAUCACCUUUUUGACAUCCAUACUGCUUUGUUCAGAAGAAUUACACAUGACACCUGUUGAGAACCAAAUGUGGCCUCCAAGCUUCCUGUUGCCAAAACUGACCUAGUGAUGUGUAUUGCUCAUGACUGAAAGUACUUUGCAGGUUCCUCUUGGGAAAAUUAGAUUUCACCUUGUCCCUAAUAAACAACCUUAGUAGAAAAAUAAAUAUAAGAAAGAGAUAAAAAGAUUAGGGCUGAUAGUAAAACCAGUUGAGUUAAACGGGAACCAUAUCAAUUUUCUGAGCAAACAGAAGGCUCUUGUCAGUAGCUUUUGAGUCUUUUUGGUUCUUAAGGCUCCUGUCUGCAUAUUUACCAUUCUCUUUGGUUCUACUGGUUUAUAUAAGCUAUUGCUUCAGAGACUAUCCAAGAAACAACAAAUUGUAACCUGCAUUGGAAAAAUCACGUGUAAACUCAAACCUACAAGUUCAUAUAAAUAUUAUAAGAACUAAUGUUUGUGACUGAGUUUAACAAGUCAUAGUGCUAAAAAAGAAAUCCACAUAUAAGGUAUUCUAACCUAUGGUAACAAUUGAGACACUAGUACAACUUAGAACAAUAAAAGCUGACAUCUUAUUGGUUGAUAUUGGUACAGAGUGAUUCCAUUGCCUACUCAGAGAGGUGGUUGCUAUUAGGUGAAGCCAAUGCUCAUGCGUGUACAGCCUAUCAAUUCAGUGGAAUCCAGUAACAUUGCUGAUGCACUUUAAGUCCUCAGUGAUGUAACUGGUUCCUAGUAAUUUGAUAGGCUGUAUUGGCUGGUAUACAGUAACUAUGAUUAGGCAACGGAUGCACUGCAAUGUUUUAUAUGCGUAAAACUAAUAUGUAGGUUCACAAGGUACAACAAUGUUAUAUUAAAUUAUUUAUGUUAUACACAAUAUCAGUUGGAGAAAAUUAACUGCUGCUGCCGAAAUGAAUUCCAUCUUAUUCCUUGCUUAAUUGAAUCUGCCCCAUAGUCUCUGACAUAAACACCACAAUGUCACUAAUUUAAUCUGAAAAUGUUGUAUGGCUGAACAGAAAAUACAAUGUGGUGUAUAUGAAAGAUAUAUUAAUGACAUUUACAAUUAUAUAUGUAAACAUUGAAGGUUAUCCAAAAUGAAUUGUUAGCGAUACAUUUGUGGUCUUGAGGGGGGACGGUUUUUCAACACACUGUACACUUUUGGUCUGGAAUCUUACUGAAGAACACUGCAGCAUCUUAUAACCACUCUCGACAUAAAAUGCCAAUGAGAGAGGGCAAUAGCUUUAGUAUAUUGUGAAAGUUGUUCCUGGUUCUUUUAUUUAAGGUUACUUAUAGAAGUUACUUAAGGUUUUUAUUUACAGUUCUACAAAUUAUCCUUCAAGUAAGGUAUUAAAGUUUGUUAUGAAAUGUAAUAUUUUUAAUUUUAAUGACAAAGUCUUGUUGCUGCUGUAUGAUAAAUGCACAUUCUGCUACAAAUACGUAAUAAUGCCUGCCAUCUAAUGUCAGACCUUGGGGAGAUGUAUAAACCUUCUUAAGAGGAUAAGUGGAGAAAUUGUCCCAGUAACCUAGACUCUAAAUAUUAGAUAUCUGGUACGUUCUAUGAAAUGAUAGGUAGAAUGUAAAUGGUUGCUAUGGGCAACUUAACUAGCUGGCUGCUUUGGAAGGUUUGCUACAUCUCUCCCUAUCCCAGAUAUUAGUAUUCAACGUUGUAGGAAGCAUGUUGUAGCCAGUGGGACAGGACGAGGUUGCCGAGAACCAACAAAAGGACGGCUUUGUCACAAUUUAAUGAUAUCAAGAAAACAGUAGACUUUUUGUAUUACGUUAUGUACUUAAUAAAAUAACAUGUUGGGAACAAGUAAUUUAUUAUUUGGAAAUAAUUGAAACUCUUAAUAAUGUAUAAUUAUUAUUAUUAUAUUUGUAACUAUGGGGGUAAUUCAGACCUGAUUGCUGCUCCAAAGUGUGAAUGCGUAUGCACCACAAUGCGCAGGUGCAUCGCACGACUGCAAAGCGCAUCGCCGGCCAGCGACGGGUUUGUGCGAAGGAUCCAUUCGCACAGGGGUUCGCAAGGAGAUUGACAGGAAAAGGGCAUUUGUAGGUGGCAACUGACCGUUUUCAGGGAGUGUUUGGAAAAACGCAGGCGUGUCCAAGCAUUUACAGGGCGGGUGUCUGACGUCAAAUCCGGUCCCAAACAGGCUGAUGUGAUCGCAGCGGCUGAGUAAGUCCUGGGCUGCGCAGAGACUGCACAAAGUCAGUUUGUGCAUCUCUGCUACACAUGCGAUCGCACACUUGCACAGCUAAAAUACACUCCCCCUGUAGGCGGUGACUGUCCGAUCGCAGGGCUGCAAAAGUUGCUGCCCAGAGAUCAGGUCUAAAUUACCCCCUAUGUGCACAGUAUACAGAAAGACCCUAGCAUAAGAAUGUUUUGCAUAGGUCUGACAAUUGUGUAUUGUGGCGCUGGCUAUUAGGUGCCCCAUAAUUCUAAUAUAUGCAAGUUUUAGUCAUCGUCUAGUAAUUUCAAAUGUAAAAGUUUAUACCAUGUUAGUAAUCCUACUUUGAAAUUGACUUUAAGUUGUAUUUGCUUAAUUGUGAAUAUUGAAGUUUAAAUUCAAUUAUAAUUCAAAUUUUCCUGUUCAUUUAAAACCGUUUUUAUACAUUAACCAAAUGUGCAGGUCAGUGUAAAUAUAUGAAGUAGUUCUUGUUCUAAUUUUUCUAACUCUUGCCCUUGAGUUGUCUUGUGGUUGACAGUUGGGCCCCAUAGAUUAUCUAUAGUUUAAUAUGGUGCAUUACUGUAAAUGAAGGUAAUAUCCUUAUAACAUAAUACAUUCAGGACAGUGGCCCUGUCACCUACACAAAGCAGAGAAGGCUGAAUUCAUCAGAAUACAGGUGGUCUGUUGACUAGGAACUAGAGAUGUGCCCAGACCCCCAUGUUUUGGUUCCAAAUCAUGUGUGUUUAGGUAUUGGCAAACCCCCCCCCCCCCUCCCCCCCAAGUGUUAGUAUUGGAUCAGCUAAAAUUAUGUUACCUGGACCUGUUGUUAUUCCUCCUAAAGUGUUAUUAACAUCAACAGUCAAUUUUGAUCAAUUUUGGCACAUGAAAUCACGAGGGAGGGGCUUACAUGCAAUAAAAAAAAAGACCCAAGAUCUAUGUUUGCAAUCCAAACUUGCGGGUACACCCGAACCAGCACUUAGUUCUACUCAGAACCCUAGAGUGACCAGGUAUGGGACUCAAUUUGACUCGUAACACCAAAGUUCGGGUGUGUACGGUUUUCAGCAAAACCAAACUUUUCAUCUCCACUAGGAGCUAGUGUCAUCAUUAUACCAUCAUUAUAGCUUCUAGUGGCGCUAUCCCCAUCGGGUAACCUAGGCUUCUGCAAAGUGACCCCAUUCAUUGAAAAUACUUAUUCCAGUAACAUACCUCCUGACUCUUAAAUAUACAUAAUUGGCACAAUGUGCAAAUCACCAUUAAAUAAAGGGGCGUGAUUUUGCCUCAUCAGGGAAUGCCACAUCUCUCGGAGUGCGUGCCCAAUUACUCUGGAAAUGCUAAGACACCGUCAGCGACCUUUCCUAUACCCUAGAAACACCUUUUCAAAGCCACGCGCACCUACAGCUUCUACUGUGUGUCCAGAGUGGGGGCACUUUUCAUGCCAUAUCUAAUUGCAUUUUGAUAUAUAUUGUAUAUGAGAAGACCUUGUUACACUGAGUGUUCUAUACACUCAAUAUAUAAAUUGAUAUUUAAAAGUGCUUUUAUUUUUCCAGCUUUGAUGAAUAUAAAAAUUAGGAGGGAGCGCUUUGGUAUCUGGAAAAGCAUCAGUGUGAAAAGUGCUUGGUUGACACUCCCCUGAAUCAUACCCAAAUGCUAAGGGAUUACCUCAAACUCCCGGUAAGAGUGAGUGGUCCUCCCACAUUCAGGUCAUGUCCUAGUGAAAUGACAAGAUGGAGACAAUAAUGCUGGAAGCAUAGUCCAGGUAGAGGGAGCGGGGGCAAUAUGAUGUAUAUCUGUAACCCCUCUUCAUAGACCUGUGGUUCUAUGCAUUGUGCUAUAAGGUUCAGUGGGGCCUAAAGACAUUGCUCCAGCUGCACUCCCAUCAGCUGACAUCUGUGUCUUCCCCCCGGGGACAUCACAUAAGUCCCUACUGGCCAAAUCAAUGCCUAGAGCUUCCAUAAUAGGUAUAAUACACCCAUAUGAGAGAUUUGAAGGAUUAUAAUUCUGGUUCUAGUGUUGGAACUUAAGGACUUUGCUCUCUUGCUAAUUAAUGGAAAUGUCAUCAAUCUGCCAUUAUCCCUUUCAGAGUCACAGUAUCUAGUAAUAUAACAUUAGGGUUGACUUUUUUUUAACUUCAGUUCAGUCAUAAUAAUGACAGACUGUAUAGUUUAAUAUAAUUAGAUGAAGACUAGACACAUUCACCAUUACAUAAUGUCUUGGAGCCUUUUAUGUGGGAUAUAAUUGUCCUUUCAUGUUCCAAUUAAUGAGUUAAGUAUACGCUCAGUGGUUAAGAAUGCUGAUUGGGCGCACAUUAUGCCUGAUGCAGAACUGGCCAGGAUCAGACGUACAGUACAUGCUCUCUAAAGUGUGCACUGAGAUAAAUGCGUGUAUUUGCUCACAUGCUGUGCUAGGUACGCCCCCUAUCUGUACACUUGGUUUAAAACCUGUCAUCAUCAUCAAUACGCAUUUGCAUUAGUUCUCUACUACAGUAGGUGUAAAAGCUAUGCCUGAUUCCAGGGGUAUUUUUACACUUAAACAUAGGAUGGUCUGUAUAGGUCGCAGUUCUGUCAGUCCAUCCUCACUGAACUUGGCCUCCUUCUGAAUGCCAUGUUACAGCCAAUUUAUUCCUUUUCAGUCAUACGAUUGAAAUGUGUGUGACUAAGCAUUGCCUUUUGUUACAUAGGCUCAGUUCUAGAGCACUUGCAUCAGCGCCACUGUGUAAGGGAUUUCAUAUUAGUGUCUUUCAUUCUGUCCACCCCUGAAAAUCACUUUUGAUAAAAUACAUUCACAUACAGUGAUUGCAGUGGCAAUAAUACAGUCAGAAUAUAUUAUAAUACUUAUACUAAUGCUGUUUAAAAUUUUAAUAUUUUGGGGGGUGUAAAAGGUCAUCCAAAAUGUCAUCCGAGCAGCUGGGCUACUCUCUCUCAGAGUUGGGGAGGGACUAGGCAAAUAUGGUCUGCUGCAUUUUUAUUACUAUUAAAAGAGAAAAUCUUAAUUCAUUUUUAAUUGAUCAGUUUCAAGAUGUCCGUUAUCACUCAUUAAAUAGCAUAUCAAAGUCCAUGUAUUGGAAAGUUGCUUCACUGUGUUUCUAAUUUGAUUUAUUCCAUUUAAAGUGAUUAUCGGUCUUUUUAACAGGCUUUCAUGUAUUGCUCUAUAUAUAACUCGCCUGCAACUGUAACUAAAUUCAUUGAUUUUAAUUUCCAGAUUAUUUCUCUAUUUUUUGCCCUCAUCUAUAUACAGUAGAUGCCUGUAUAUAUUUGUUAGUUAGUUGCCUAGGAAACAACACAGUUGUACUGUGGGUAGCAUUGUAGCCAUAAACCACUUAACUGGCAUGGUCAGAUUUCAUGCAAAUGCGUCGUCCCACCCUGUCCCCCCGUUUUUGACGAGGAGUUCCGUUCUGCAGAUGUGCAUAAUAUAAUGUUUAAAUAUUUUAAAAAAUACUUUUUCAACUUUAUUAAAUAAAUUUAAUUUUAAAAACAAUGUUAAUAUUGUUUUUGACGAGGAGAUCCGUUCUGCAGAUGUGCAUAAUAUAAUGUUUAAAUAUUUUAAAAAAUACUUUUUCAGCUUUAUUAAAUAAAUUACAUUUUAAAAAUGUAAAAAAAAAGAAAAAAAAAGCUUUUGAAGGGAAAAAUCGUCAGUUAAGUGGUUAAAUAAAGUGUAGAGAGCAAUGAAACUAUACAACUUUGCUUGAUUGUAUAAAUACAUUGCCGAAAAGCCCAGAAGGAAGAUAAUAUCUGAACAACGAAUUCAGUAAAGUUGCAUAAAUACAUGCGCAAGCCAUUACAUAAAAGUCACGUGAAGGUGGAACAGUCCUUUAAAUGUGCUUUUUCAUUUCUUCAUGUAACUAAACCUUAAAGCCACUAAAACCAAGAAUAUAAAGUAAUUCAGUCUGCAAAUUCAUAACAUUUGCAAAUACACGUCUAACAUUUCCUGUGCCAUUGUUAAGGUGUUUGACAUAUCUGGCACUUGUCCACUAUCAGUUUCUGAAGAAUGGAAUACUCUUUCAUCCUGUUAAUUCCUGAAAUGUUUGUUUACAUAUUUACUGUAUAAACGUUGGUACAUCACAAUAUGUACACUACAGUCCACUCUUAUCUGUAAAUGUUAUUGCAAAUCCUUUAUAUAAACCUAUGUGUUGUAUGUUUAGCACUACUUUGUAACAUUACUCUUAUGUCACUAAGGGAAGUUUAGACAAUAUCUCACUGUACAGUGCAAUACCUGAAUAUAAAUAGAAUAAUAGAUGAACAAUGGUUUAGUUUCUACAUAAACCUGUCCUGUUUUCUAAGCAAGUGUAACAUAUGUUGAGAAAUAAUAGUAUUCACCCUUUACUGAUUGCAGUAUCUUAUCAUACAACACUGACAUUUGUCAUAAUUACAUAAGGCAGCUUUCCAAUGUCUGUGUUAAUAAAACAGUUUGUUACUUGGACCCAUAACCACCAUGUGGUCUGCAAUAAACAUUGUCUUUUUCCAGUG